CGUAUAUGUGUGUGUAUGUACAUGUGAGGCAUGUGCCUGGGCAUUUAUCUCACCCUCCCCAGGCCCCUUCUUGGGAAACCUUAGGAUCAUUGUUGCCAAGGUAAUUAACAUUACCUAAGUGCAUGUGUUCAACGUGGUUUCCUUGUACUUAAUCACAGACUCCAUGAUGUACUGGGUCAGACACAACAGAAUUUUGUUUCUCGUUCACACAAUAGUUCAGGGUGGGUGUUCCAGGUGGACAGGUUCCAUACGGUGAUUUGAGGACCCAGGCCAUCCUGUGAGCCUUUUGUCAUUCACAUGGUUAUGGCUGGGUUCUGCCGGUAGAAGAGGAAUAGAGAGCCCAGAGAGGUACGCACAUUCUCUAGAAGCCCAGCCCAGACGUGGCGCACACUGCUUCCAUUUCCCUUCCUUUGCUGAGAGACUAGUCACAUGGCCACAGCUCCCUGCAAGGGAGCCUGGGAGAGGCAGCCUAGCCAAGUGCCCAGAAAGCAGAAGAGAGUUUGUGGAAGACAGCUAGUGCUCUCUGCCACUUUGUCUAAGAACCAUCACAAAGAGGACUUUAAUUAUAAUCAUAGCUGUGCUUUCUGAGUGCUUCCUGGGUGCCAAGUGCCAGUCCAAGAGCUGUAUAUAUAUUGACUCAUAGAAGUUGUGCAUCUAGGAACUUACAAAAAUAGAACCUUAAUUAUAAUUACAGCUGCCAUUUCCCAGCACUUCCAGAGUGCUGCAUUUGAUUUGCAUGAGAUCAUCGGGUCCUUAGAAUAACUCUGCAAAGUAGGGACUGUGAUCCAUUAGUUCAUUUAACAAGUAUUUUUGAGUCCUUGCUGUGUGCUAAGCACUGGGAAUUCACCAGUGAAGGAAAAAAUUCCUUGUCUUCAUGAAGCUUCCAUGGAGGAGGGAAGGGGCCACUGGUGGGGACAGAUGGUAAAUGAGUUAAGAUGUUGCCUAUGCUGGAUGGUGGUAAAUACUGUGGAGAUAAAUCAAGCAGAGAAAGGGGAACAGUUCUGGAAGAGGGUACAAUUUUAAAUAGUGUUGUCCUCCCUAAGGAGGUGGCAGAGACCUAAGCAGAGACCUGAAAGGGGGAGGGAGGGAGCCAGCCAUGCACAGCAGGUGUGGGGAGGCAGGAGCCUGCUCCACCGGUCAAGGGCAGAGGGGCCGGAGAGGCAAAGGUGGCAGAGCCAGAGCAGUGAGGCCAGAGGGGAGCAGAGAGCCAGCUCAUUACAGCCUUCUUGAAACAUUGGCUCCCACUCUGAGAUGGGAGGUACUAAUCCGCAGAAGCUUGGCACCAAAGCUUCUUUGAAAAUAGAAGCCUAAUUAUUAUAAUAGCUACCAUUUACUAAGCAUUUACUGUGUGCCAGGCUCUAAGGCGCUUUACGUGUGUUAACUCAUAGAAGCUUGGCAACUAAGAACCUUCAAGAAUAGAACCUGAAUUACCGUAAUGGCCAUCAUUAAGUCAGCGCUCACAGCGGACCAGGCCCUGGGCUAAGAGCUGUAUAUGGACAAUCACAUCGGAUCCUUGUGAGCUAUGCCUGCGCCGCGGGGUGACGUGACGGUCUUGUUCCUCGGGCCUCCGGGCUCAGGAAAGUCUGCGCUGAUCGCAGCGCUGUGCGACAAGGAUGUGGAGACGGUAGAGAUCCCCGACGGACGGCCGGAUUCCGGGCUCCCCAGCUUGAGAGCUGCGGGCCCUGGCCUCUUCCUGGGCGAGCUGAGCUGUCCACCCGCAGCGCCGGGGCCCUGGGCAGCGGAGGCCAACGUGCUGGUACUGGUGCUGCCCGGACCGGAGGGGAAUGGGGAGCCCUUGGCUCCAGAGCUGGGGGAGGCAGCACGGGCCGCCCUAGCCCGAGGGACCCCGCUGCUGGCUGUGCGGAACCUCCGUCCUGGGGAUUCACAGAAUGAAGCUCAGGCCCGGAAUCAGACAGCGGCCCUGCUGGACAGCGCCGGGUUGGGAGCCGCGGCUCUCUUCGUGGUACCGACAGACUGCCGCAGCAGCGACGGCUGCGAGGAGCUGGAGCGCCUGCGGGCGGCGCUGCGGAGCCAGGCGGAGGCGCUGCAGAGGCUCCUGCCACCCGCUCAGGAUGGCUUUGAGGUCCUGGGCGCUGCAGAGUUGGAGGCUGUGCGCGAGGCCUUCGAGACCGGUGGCCUGGAGGCGGCGCUGUCGUGGGUUCGCGCCGGCCUGGAGCGACUGGGCAGCGCGCGCCUGGACCUGGCCGUGGCGGGUAGGGCUGACAUGGACCUUGUGCUGGACUUGCUACUCGGGUUAGAUCCUGAAGACCCAAGUGCGGUGCCUGCGUCGGCGCCCGAGGGGCCCACGCCCUACCCGGCCCCAGAGCGCCCCAACGUGGUGCUCUGGACCGUGCCUCUGGGCUCCGAGGGCACUGCUGCCACCCCCCACCCAACCCACUAUGACGCUCUCAUCCUCGUCACCCCUGGGGCCCCCACUGAGAAGGACUGGGCCCGGGUCCGGCCCUUGGUGCUACCAGAUGCGCCGCUGGUCUGCGUGCGAACAGACGGCGAGGGCGAGGAUCCGGAGGCUCUGGAAGAAGAGGAAACAGCGGAGAAGCCCAGCGGCGAGAGCUUAGAAAACGCCGGCGGAGGGGGUGUUGAGAACGCACGCAGUGAGGAAAUGGAGAAACGUGGCCCCAGAUCGCAGAAAGCAGGCGGCGGGGUAGGUUCAGAGGAAGCAGGCAGCGAGAGUUUGCAGCCGGUUGGCAUGGGCGUGAAGAGAUCAGGCAGCGGGGACUCAGAGCGCGCGGCCGCCUUGAGCCCGGAGGACGAGACGUGGGAGGUGCUGGAGGAGGCGCCGCCGCCGGUGUUCCCGCUGCGGCCGGGCGGACUCCCGGGGCUGUGCGAGUGGCUGCGGCGCGCGCUGCCCCCGGCCCAGGCAGGAGCGCUGCUGCUGGCGCUGCCACCCGCGUCUCCCCGCGCAGCCCGAACCAAGGCUGCGGCGCUGCGGGCCGGGGCGUGGCGGCCGGCCCUGCUGGCGAGCCUGGCGGCGGCGGCAGCUCCAGUACCAGGGCUGGGCUGGGCGUGCGACGUGGCGCUCCUGCGCGGUCAGCUGGCGGAGUGGCGGCGGGCGCUGGGGCUGGAACCCGCGGCGCUGGCACGACGCGAGCGCGCGCUAGGUCUGGCGCCAGGGGUGCUGGCCGAGCGGACGCGCUUCCCGGGUCCGGUGACGCGCGCCGAAGUCGAGGCGAGGCUGGGCUCGUGGGCGGGCGAGGGCACCGCCGGGGGCGCGGCCCUGGGCGCGCUCUCCUUCCUGUGGCCCGCGGGCGGCGCGGCGGCCACCGGCGGCCUGGGCUACCGCGCGUCGCACGGCGUCCUGCUGCAGGCGCUCGACGAGAUGCGGGCCGACGCCGAGGCAGUGCUGGCACCGCAGGUGCCCGCGCAGUGAGAGGUGGGCUGAGGACCGGGGUGCCCCGGGUCCCGGCUGCCCGACUCUGUCAGCGGCUGCGGACUCCAAGUCCCGGUUGGAGGGAGAGGGCAUGGGGGUGGUCCAGACUCUAGCAUGGGAUGUCUGGGCCUGUGAGAUAACAGAGCAGGGGGCCGCCUCUCGGAAUCCUGGGUGCUUGAAGGGGAUGAGGGCUCUGACUACCGGUUGAGAUGUGUGACAUCUAGUCACCAGGAUUCCUAGGUCCUGAAGGGGAAUAGAGUUUGGGGGACAGGACUCCUGAUUUCUCUGGGAGCCACAGGAUGUGGACUCCUAGAAGGGGGCAUAUCUUGGUCUCCGAGGGAGUGAACACUGAUCUAUUAGAUGUCUAGUCCUCCAGGGGGAGAGGGGGUAGAAACCCUGAUUCUUGAUGAAGGGUGAUUGCAGCAUGGGGGGGGGGGGUGUCUGGGUUCCCCGGGGAGCUGGUAUCUUGGACUUCUGAACCACAAAGGGAUAUAAGGUCUAGGUUUCCUGGGUGUGGCUAGGCCUGCAUGCAGCCUCCCAGUUCCUCAAGAGGCAGUGAGCUUUGAAACUUUACUGGGGGGAAGAAGGGUCUCUGGGGUCUCAGACUUAUGGCUCCCAAGAAGGCUGGGACCUUGGUUCCUAAUUCCUGGGUGGUGGGAGGAGGGAACGGGUGGGCUGUGUGAGAGAGCUGGGGACCCUUUGGUCCCUCUUGGGGAAUUGAGGGGUGUCUACUGUUUGUUCCUCAGGGGACCUGGGGACUCAAAAUUCUUUCCCUUCCUCUGGGGAGGAUGGUACCACAAAAAUAAGAGGAGGAAGCAAGGGGUCCGGACAUGGUGGCUCUGAGGGUAGCAGAGAUUAGGAAUGAGGCCUUCUGGGUGUGGAAAGGCAGAAACUCGUGCCUCAGAGAUGUUGUCCACAAAUCCCUAAUGGAUCUGGGUUCUGGCAACUGCCUUUCUCUGAGUUUGCCUGGGAAGGGAUAUGACUGCCCCUAUUUUACAGGUGCUGAGCGAUUAUGGAGCUUUCUGGGGAGUCUGUUCCCCUAUCCCUCUCUUCUUUAGGGGUCUUGGUUUCUUCUGUCAUUAAACCUUAACCCUUUCUGGCCUUGGUAUUUUGUACACCUGCCUUUUUGGAAAAGCAGCUGUACUGCUGCACUAGUCCAAACAUUUCUGUGUUGGCUACCUCAGAGAUCCCCGAGAGGGACACAGAGAAUGCUGCCUUCUGGUGUACACAGAGAACACUGCAGGGAGCAGGGGACCCACAGAACCACUGGGCAGGUGUUCCAGACCAUGGGAAAGUGCUACAGUGAGGCAAAGGCAGAAAGCACAGUGCCUGGAAUGUUCUAGGCUGCCAGCUACAUGUAGAGGAGAAGCCACAGAAUUCUUCAAUGUCAAAAAUAGAAAAGGGGGACCUGACAGGCCAUCCAGUAGAAUCUGUUAUGUUAGAUGGGAAGGCAAAGCCCAGAGUGGGCAAGCUCGAGGCUCAACAGCCCACAGCAAGGCCCCUGCCUGUUCUCAUUCCCUGCCCCAUCCCAUCCCCAACCAACCUGAUAGAUCUUCUGUCUGAUGCUUGAGCGGGCCACCGGGGUCCUGCCUCAGGACUUCAGCACUUUCUGUUACUUCUGCCCAGAAUGCUCUGCCCCCAGAUCUUCCCAUGACUAGCUCCUUCUUGUCAAUCGGGUCUCAGCUCAGAUGUCCCCUCAGAGAGGCCUUCCCUGACCACUGUUAACUAAAGUAGCUCACACCCCCACCCCCAGUAUUCAGUUAUUCAUCUCAGCCGGUUAAUUUUCCUUGUAGCAAUUAUUCCCAUAGAAAAGCUCCUUAUUUAUUUACCUGUUUAUUGGCUAUUAUCCCCAUGCCUGUCUUGUUCUAUGCUGUAUCCCUAGUACCUAGGAUAGUGCUUUGACACACAGACGGUGCUUAAUAAAUAUUUAUUUUAUUUCAUUAAUCAGUGGCAGAACUAGGGCUGGAAUUUAGAUUGUUGGGCCUCUGGUCACAAUACAGGAAAGGAGUGAGAUAGGGGAGAAAAGGCGUAUCAUGCGAGAGAAAGCCCCUGUCAGGUGAAGGGGCCUGGGAAGCAAGCACAGCUUUGCCACUGUCUAUCUGGGUGACCUGGGCCAGUGCCUUAUCUUCCCAUCUGUGACAUGAAAGGGCUGGACGACGACCAGAAAUACUCCUGGGAUCCUAUUUCCUUUGACAGCUGAAGACAAGGGUAACCAACCUGAGGGACGGGUGCUUGAGGGAUGAUUCCCCCCAUGUCCACCUUGAACUCCCGCCACUGGCACAAUCUGUCCCAUUAAAGUUGAGACAGCCAAGAUGGGAAAAAGCAUUUAGCUCAAUAUUGAAGGGCUCCAGGCAUUGUCCUCAAAGCUCUCUUCAGCCUUAGGAGAACGUUACUCAUCUGUAUCUGUGAUACCCACUACAACGCUGUCUACGCCUCUCCUUGGUCCACAUUCAAGCCUCUCCCAUCAAGCCCACCCGCCACGUGCAGGAGCGGAGAGGUGUGGAGCAGUGCUGUCUAGUAGAAAUAAAAUGUGAGCCACAUUAAAAAGGGAAAAGGAAACAGAUGAAACUAAUUCUAAUAUGUUUCCCUUUACCCAGGAUAUCCAAAAUAUUACCAUUUCAACAUGGAAUCUGUAUAGAAAAGUACUGAUGAGAUAUUUUACAUUCUUCUCAUGCCAAGUCUCUGAAAUCUGGUGUGUAUUUCUCGCAGCACAUCUCAAUUCAGACAAUGAAUUCUCAUCAGAAAUUCUUGACCCGUAUUUAGGUUUCAUAAAACUCCUAUGUGAAGAAGUUGAUUUGUAUACCCAAGUCAUCGCAAUCAUUUUGAAUGGUUUUCCAAUAACUGAGCUGAGUAGCCAUUUUUAAAUUAAUUAGAAGUAAGUAAAAUGUAAGCUUUGGUUUCCCAGUUGCACCAGCCAUACGUGGUGAGUGGCUCCAGUAUUGGACAGCGCAGCCCUACAGCACUUCCAUUAUUACAGGAAAUUCUAUUCGGAUUGAUCUAGGGUCAGACAGCCCUUCUACUGACUCUAGGGGUGACCUUGGGCAAGUCACUCAGCACAUGGCAUCUACCUCACAGGGCUAUUGUGAGAAUUCAGUGUAUGUACGUACAUACAUACCUUCUCUCUCAUGCAUAUCAAUGUACUUGAAGCCGCUGCUGAGAAGCCUGGCACACUGGGAGCUCAAACGUUAGUCUUGCUGUCCUUGCACACACAACCUCAGCCCAGGCAGCAUGAAGACGACCCUAGUCUGAGCAUCUGUCUCACUCUCAUGCCUUUGCUCAGAGUGCCCUCCUCUUUUUCUGCCACUUUGGCACCAUCUCUGACUUGGUCCUGUCUGACAUCUCUGCCCAACGCUCCCCUUUUACAAAUUCCCUUUGCCCCCUGGCCAAUGCAAAUCAUGCCUGAGAUCAAGACCCAGGUUUGUUGUUGUGUCGCUGUCCAUGGUGGAGCGUGCUGAUUGUGUUUAGGUAGUUGUAUAUGGGCACUCCUGGGUGUCAUGGCUAUCUCUUGGAGUGAUUGCCUUUUCAAUUAUACUUUUGAAGGGAUUGAAUUUUAGGCUCUGCAAAGGCAGCAAGUUGCUAGUGAGGCAUCUGUCUUUAGGAGCAUCCAAGCAAAAAAGACUGAGACUCCCUUGUGGGUGGAUCACUGGCUGCCAUCCAGGUGUGUCUACAUGGCACUUCCAGGCUGGAAGACCCUUGAAUGCAGAAAUUCAAGGUAAGGUACAAUGAAUCUUGGUGUUGCCAUCGCCAGAAGCAGGAUAGGCACAAAAGACUCGUCACUUGAGCUGUGGUUCAUACUUGUCUGGAUGAUGAUGGAGAGGCUUGUGUCCACAGUGUCCAUGGGGAUGGGGAGCCUUGAAGGGUGGGCGUAUCAAGGGUGGGUUGGCCUGUGGUGCUUUUUGAAGGAGUGAAUAAAAAUAAGUUGAAACCCA